AACGUGGUUACAGUUAGCCUGAUAUCUCGUCACCCUAACGCCAAAGCUUUUAGAUUUUCAUAAAAAGCGAAACGCAACCCAAAAACACCAUAAUAACAAUUUCAAAGCUUGAAAACAACGCAAUGGCUGAGAAUGGAGAACACAAGUUACGGACGAGGAAUUCACGAUUUUGAUUAAAUUUGUGUAAAGACGUCAUUGUUGUGGCAUAAUCGUUGAAAUCUAUCUUCAAUUUCAAUAAGCGGUAAUGUUUUCUUCUGCAAUUAGAUGCUAUACGACGAAGAAGAACGGAUCGAAUUAGGUCUGAGGAAUUUGGGAGAAGAUGAGCGGAUCUAGUAGAUCGGGGAUUGAAAUGGCGGACCGAGCCCCGCCCUCUCGCACCGUUACUCUCGGUCGUGUCCAGCCUCAGGCCCCUUGUUACCGCACCAUCUACUGCAAUGAUCGAGAGUCCAACCUCAUGGUCCAUUUCAAGGGGAAUUCAAUAUCAACUACAAAGUACAACAUUCUUACUUUUCUACCAAAGGGGUUGUUUGAACAGUUCAGGCGGGUGGCUAACCUCUACUUUCUUAUGGUCUCAAUUUUAUCAAGCACACCACUCAGCCCUAUAUCUCCAAUAACAAAUGUGCUCCCAUUGAGUGUGGUACUUUUUGUAUCCCUUGUUAAAGAGGCGUGGGAGGACUGGAAGCGUUUACAAAAUGAUAAGGCAAUAAAUAAUUCUUCUGUAGAAGUGCUGGAAGAUCAAAAGUGGGAAAGUGUCCCCUGGAAGAGUCUGCAGGUUGGAGACCUUGUCAGAGUUAAGACAGACGGAUACUUUCCCGCAGACCUGCUAUUCCUUGCUAGUACAAAUGCAGAUGGUGUUUGUUACGUCGAGACUGCUAAUUUGGAUGGUGAAACAAAUUUAAAGAUCAGAAAAGCAUUGGAAAAGACUUGGGAUUAUGUGACUAUUGAGAAAGCUUCCGAAUUCAAAGGUGAAGUACAGUGUGAACAACCAAAUAAUUCUUUGUACACAUUCACUGGAAAUCUGAUAACUGAAGAGCAAACUUUACCCCUCAGUCCAAAUCAACUUCUAUUGCGAGGAUGCAGUCUCAGGAACACUGCGUACAUAAUUGGAGCUGUUAUUUUUUCUGGGCCAGAAACGAAGGUUAUGAUGAAUUCCAUGAAUGUUCCUUCCAAAAGAAGUACUCUGGAGAGGAAACUUGACAAACUUAUACUCACUCUUUUUGGUGUUCUCUUCUGUAUGUGUCUAAUUGGGGCCGUUGGCAGCGGAGUAUUUAUAAACAGCAAAUAUUACUUCUUGGGUCUUCACAGUCCAAAUCUAACACCAGAUAUGAACCCCAAUAACGGAUUUGUGGUUGCUUUUUUAAAUAUGUUUACCCUAAUUACUUUGUAUUCACCAAUUAUCCCCAUUUCUCUUUAUGUUUCAAUUGAGACAAUCAAAUUUAUACAAUCCAAUCAAUAUAUUAACAACGAUUUGCAUAUGUACCAUGUUGAAACCAACACCCCUGCAUUGGCACGGACAUCCAAUCUGAAUGAGGAGCUUGGCCAGGUGGAGUAUAUCUUUUCUGAUAAAACUGGAACCUUAACAAGAAAUUUGAUGGAGUUCUUUAAGUGUUCAAUUUGGGGAGAGGUCUAUGGAACUGGUCUCACAGAGAUUGAAAUAGGAGGAGAACAAAGGAGUGGCAUAAAAGUUGAUGAGGUUCGGAAAGCAUCAAAUUCAGUACAUGAUAAGGGUUUCAAUUUUGAUGAUGCUAGGCUUAUGCGAGGUGCCUGGUGGAGUGAACCUAAUCCUGACAUGUGCAAGGAAUUCUUCAGAUGCCUUGCUAUAUGUCAUACUGUACUGCCUGAAGGUGAUGAGUCCCCUGAAAAAAUUCGAUAUCAAGCUGCAUCUCCUGACGAAGCUGCUUUGGUUACAGCUGCAAAAAACUUUGGCUUCCUCUUUUACAGGCGUACACCUACUUUGAUCUAUGUUCGUGAAUCAGAUGCUGGGAAGAUGGGAAAGGUUCAAGAUGUUGCCUAUGAGAUUUUGAAUGUCCUUGAGUUCAAUAGUAUAAGGAAGCGACAGUCUGUUGUUUGUCGUUAUCCGGAUGGCAGGCUUGUAUUGUACUGUAAGGGUGCUGAUACUGUGAUCUAUGAAAGAUUGGCUGAUGGAAACAAUGAUAUUAAGAAAACAUCCAGAGAGCACUUGGAACAAUUUGGAGCUUCUGGAUUGCGUACUCUUUGCCUGGCCUAUAGAGAUUUAUCUUGUGACGCUUAUGAGAAUUGGAAUGAGAAAUAUGUUCAGGCAAAAUCUUCUCUUCGGGACCGUGAGAAAAAAUUGGAUGAGGUUGCAGAACUCAUAGAGAAGGAUCUUAUAUUAAUUGGGUGCACUGCUAUAGAAGAUAAGCUUCAAGAAGGAGUACCAUCCUGUAUAGAGACUCUUUCUAGAGCUGGAAUCAAGAUUUGGGUUCUAACAGGGGACAAGAUGGAAACAGCCAUUAAUAUAGCUUAUGCAUGCAAGUUGAUUGAUAAUGACAUGAAACAGUUUAUUAUCAGUUCAGAAACUGAUGAAAUUAGAGAAGUAGAAAGCAGAGGUGACCAAGUGGAGAUUGCACGCUUUAUGAGAGAUGCAGUGAAAAGUCAGCUAAACAAGUGCCACGAGGAAGCAAAAACCUCUUUUCUUACUGUAGCUGGACCAAAAUUGACUCUUGUGAUAGAUGGGAAGUGUUUGAUGUAUGCACUAGACCCGAGUUUAAGAGUAAUACUACUGAAUUUGAGCUUGAAUUGUAGUUCAGUAGUUUGCUGCCGAGUUUCUCCUUUACAGAAAGCACAGGUGACGAGACUAGUCAAGAAAGGUGCACAGAAAAUAACACUUAGUAUUGGUGAUGGUGCCAAUGAUGUUAGUAUGAUUCAAGCCGCUCAUAUUGGUGUUGGAAUAAGUGGUAUGGAAGGAAUGCAAGCAGUUAUGGCUAGUGAUUUUGCAAUUGCUCAGUUCCGUUUUCUUACAGAUUUACUUCUUGUGCAUGGCCGAUGGUCAUAUCUCAGAAUAUGCAAGGUUGUGUCCUAUUUCAUUUACAAGAAUCUUACAUUGACUUCGAUUCAAUUUUGGUACACCUUCCAAACUGGGUUUUCUGGUCAGAGAUUCUAUGACGAUUGGUUUCAGUCUUUAUAUAAUGUUAUUUUCACAGCCAUGCCUGUGAUUAUGGUUGGACUUUUUGAGAAGGAUGUCAGUGCUUCCCUUUCCAAAAAGUACCCGCAGUUGUACAAGGAGGGAAUAAGAAAUACCUUCUUCAAAUGGAGAGUUGUGGUGACCUUGGCUUUGUUUUCAUUUUACCAAUCAUUAGUCAUAUACAAUUUUGCAAUCACUUCCAGUUCUAACAGUGUUGAUUCGAAUGGCAAGAUGUUUGGCCUCUGGGAUGUCAGCACAACGGUCUUCAAUUGUCUUGUAAUAACUGUUAAUUUGCGGCUUCUUCUGAUGUGCAACACAAUUACGAGGUGGCAUCAAAUAACUGUUGGAGGAAGCAUUCUAACAUGGUUUAUAUUUGUCCUUGUAUAUACAGGUGUUUACACUCCUAAGGGUAUCUACUCCGUCUUUUAUGUCUUGAUCAGUACAUUCUAUUUCUAUAUCAUGCUUCUCCUUGUUCCCAUUGUGGCACUGGUUGGCGAUUUCUUAUUUCUAGGGGUUCAAAGAUGGUUCUUCCCUUAUGAUUAUCAGAUUAUUCAAGAAAUCCACAGGCAAGAACCCAACAAUGGCUGUGCCGGGUUGCUGGAGAUUGGGAACCAGCUUACACCAAAUGAUGCAAGGAGCUUUGGUGUCGCACAGCUUCCACGAGAGAAUUCCAGGCACACUGGUUUUUCUUUUGAUUCACCGGGGUAUGAGUCCUUUUUUGCUUCACAAGCAGGUGUCCCUGCCCCUCACAAGGCGUGGGAGGUGGCACGGCGAGCCAGUGUGAGGUUUCGGUCGAAGUUAUCCUUAAAGAAUUGAAUGAAUGAAUUUAUUUGUACAUUAUAUAUAUUUUAUUUUUAGAAAACUAGUUGUGCCACAUACAAUAGGUGACUUCAUUUUUUUUGGGUAGGUAUUGUAGUUAUUAGGAUUGUUAGGGUAAAAAAUGACUAUUUUUUUGGAAUUAAAUGAACGUUCUUUUGUUAUA